AAUGUUUGAUCAAAACCCUGCAGAGAGGCUUAGAAACUGCCAAGGGUUCUGAGAGACACAGGCAGGCACCACCAUCUUGGGCAGGUGUGGAAAUACCCUUCAGAACAGAUCAAGGUUUUUGUGCACCAGGUAAGAGGUGAUCUUUUAAACAAGUUUUAUUGGGGAGGUUUUCAUACCGUAUGAGAUUCUUUUGAUCGUUCUUGUCAGUGAGAAUUUGCUUCCCUGCUGCUUGUGAGGGCUGUUUGCUGUUACCAGCCAGUCUCUGUUAGGAGUUUCUUUUGUUUGUUACAAAAUCCAAAAGUUCUUUUGUGGAGGACUAGGCUACCAGUGGCUAUUAGCCACAAUGGGUAUGUUCUUCUACCUGCACUGCUGGCGGCAGUGUUUCUUGAAUGCCAGUAUAGUGGUACCUCAGGUUAAGUACUUAAUUCCUUCCGGAGGUCUGUUCUUAACCAGAAACUGUUCUUAACCUGAAGCACCACCUUAGCUAAUGGGGCCUUCUGCUCCUGCUGCGCCACUGCCGCGUGAUUUCUGUUCUCACCCUGAAGCAAAGUUCUUAACCCGAGGGACUAUUUCUGGGCUAGCGGAGUCUGUAACCUGAAGCGUAUGUAACCUGAAGUGUAUGUAACCCGAGGUCCCACUUUAGCUGAGAAUCACAAGUGAGGAGAGCAUUGUUGUACCCACGUCCUGCUUUCAUAUAUCUGCAGGUAGAACUGGAGGGAACUAGAGAGAGAAAAGGGGAGCUUGCACUAAGCAUCCUCCCUAGAGGAAGGGUGCAGACAGUGGACUGUAUGAUAACAGUACUGAGCCCCUAUUAUUGCACUCUCAAUAGCAUCCCUGCUGGGGGUUCCCUCGGUUCCCUGCUACUUUGAAAGCCCUCUCUGUUUCUGGGGGAAAGAGUUCCUUAGUUUGUGCCUUGAUUCGUCCCACUUGGAGUCUAUUUUCUAUCCACCUUUGAUUAUAAAGAACCAAGAGAAACCUCAGUCCCUUACAUUAUAGGGCAGUUAAGACAGGAUAUUGUUUUUAGGUCCAAAGGUUCUUUUCCUCCAGUGCAAAGAGCUUUCUCAGGUGGAGGAAGCCUCCUUCUGACUGAGGAGGGAAACCUUUGGAUCCAAUCCGUCUGCUUGCUGUGGGGCAGAAGAAGGGACUUAUUGCAAAGGAGACCCUAUGCACCAUAAUCUGUGCUUGUCCUACCUUCCUGCCAACUCCCCUUGCUUAACUGGUGAUUUGCUUUGUCUGAGUUUUCCUUUUAUCUAAAAAGAAAAUCUGAUACCUACUACCUCCCAAUGAACAAAGGGGAGUCAUAUCCUCGUGGGAAAGGGUUUUUCUGUCUGGAGAGGCCCCAUGGUGGUUCGCAGUGGUGGCUGCUGCCCAUUGUGACAGGCAGGGAGGCCAACAGUAGAUGGCGCCAGAGGAGCUGAACCAGCUAAUUCUGGUUUUAUUCCUGUCCUCCUCCCUGCAGAGUUCUACCGGGGGAACACUAAGGAGAAUGCUGACAGGCAGUGGCAGCCCCUGAAUUGGUUGUAAGGAACAAAACAGGCAGGUGGGGCUGGCUGAGGGGAAACUGAGGUUGCUGGGCCAGCGCUCCAUUAGCCCCUUCCACUGGUAGUACAGUUGAAUGGAGUUACUUGCUUGCCUGAACAUUUAAACCUGCUCAUAACAGCUACUCAAGAUCUUUUCUAUGAAUGUUUUAUAGGAAUUGGAAUAAUUGGAAUGGAAGUUCUCACCAAGAUGCUUAAAAUAUAUCCACAUCACUUUGGGUGUCUCCUCAUACUUCAUCUGGUAAGUCAAGUAACACCAUAGGAACUCUCUAAAUAACUGUUUGGGAAGAAACACUUUAUUCUGGCCAUAUGCCAUGGCAAGUUCAGAGAUCACGAUGGGAAGAGUCUUUCAUUGUGUGCUUUGUUUGUUAAUUUAUUUAUUUAUACAUUUUCUAAUUUGCGCUAAUCCAGAGGAUCAUGGCAGGAAAAUCAAUGUCCUUUUCCCACAGCAGCAACAGAUAGAUAGGAGACAGGGAUUGUCCCUUGUUUGAGUUAAUGAAUGCGGAGAAAUUGCUUGUGAAAAUUUAUCAGCAUUAUAGAGUGACUUUCUCCUGGUGUAAAGUUUUUGUAUGCUUUCUUUGGGCAAUAUAUACAUUUUCGCAAGCAAUUUCUCCAUAUGUAAUGCGUUUUUUGUAAUUUUCAUGAAUACAGUGGUACCUCGGGUUAAGUACUUAAUUCGUUCCAUACGUCCGUUCUUAACUUGAAACUGUUCUUAAGCUGAAGCACCACUUUAGCUAAUGGGGCCUCCUGCUGCUGCCCUGCCGCCGGGGCACGAUUUCUGUUCUCAUCCUGAAGCAAAGUUCUUAACCCGAGGUACUAUUUCUGGGUUAGCGGAGUCUGUAACCUGAAGCGUCUUUAACCUGAAGCAUAUGUAACCCGAGGUACCACUGUAUGUGUAUUUUAUGCAUUCUUUCCCCUAACAGACACAUUUUUGUACAACUGGAGAACCGCACCGCAAAAUUUAGAGAAGGCUGAGUUUUGAAAGAUAAUUGCUGUCUGGUUUGUGCAUUGCUUUAGGAAGUGAGAAUUAAGGAGUCAAAUAUCUUCCCCAUUCCUAGCAAUAAGUGGACACCUGCACAAUUUUGGGAAACUUAUUUUUUAAAAAAAUACUUUCAUUUUUAAAAUUAAUGUUCAAGAAAGUUUGGAAGCUGUUCAGUUCCUAACUGUACAAUACCAGCACAGGAGAAAGCAGCAAACAGCAUUAAGACUAACAUAGCAGAGCAAUGCAUCACCCAUUUGUAAACCUUUCAUUUUAAAUUUUUGGAGAGAAAAAAGUGGGAUGUGCUUCUUGAGUCCCACCUAGGGAUGGGGGAGAAAUUUGUUUCACUUUACAAUUUUAGACAAAUCAACCUAAUUUCCAGUAUCUGAAACAGUACACAAACCAAAAGACAGCCAUUCUCUGGAAUUUGUAAUGCAGUGCCCCAAGAAGAAGAAAAGUUUUAAGAUUUGUAUUUUAGGGGGAAAUGUGAAUAAAAAUGCAUAUGCUUCUGAGAAUAACAUAUUGUUACAGGCCACCCAAAUCUGCAUAGCAGUGUGAGAUUCCAGGAGUUUCAACUGCAUUCACCCAGGGUCUGUGUUUCCUUUUGGACAAUGAGGCACAUCAGAGACUGUGGUGUCUUCAUGAUAUAUGGUUUAUUUACACACAGUGCUUUUUUCUGAGGGGACGCAGGGGUACGCAUACCCCUAAACAUUUUGUGAACCUAAGUUUGGCCUCAUUGAGGGGCAAUAUUUCAAUAUGAGUAGGAAAAUGAGAGUCCCCCUAAACAUUUUUUUAAAGAAAAAAGCACUCUUUACACAUAUAUCAAACCUGAGCCCACGAUGGAGGUGCUGACAGCACUGAGGCUCCAAGAUGUUCUUGCUUCUUCCAUAGUCACAGCAGCCUUGGACUUAAGCAGACCUCAGCCAUUGCUCUUAUUUAUUGACUCUCCCUCCAUCCUGCUGCUUACCAUCUCCAGUGCAACCCUAACUCCUAACUGCAAUCCUAACACCUCCACUCCAAAAAACGCUGGCGCUGGCUUUUAAAACUAACUUUCAAUUGAGGGAGGGAGCCCACUCAUUUGCAAAAGAGAUAUACCCUUGAUCUUUUGUCAUCCUGAUCAUUCAUUCCCCCCGCCUCCCAGACUACUGCCUCAAGUUAGUCCUGGCUUAAUUAGCUUUUGACACACCACAGGAAGCAAACCUACACAUGUUUACCCCAUUCUAUUUAAUGGGACUUCCAAUUAACUUUGCAUAGGAUUGCAGUCUGUUAGGACUAGUAGAAAUCAGUGUGGCUUUGGGGUAGAGGUAUUAGAAGCAAUACUUUAGCAUGUUGACACUUAACUAAACCCUCUGCCCAGAAGCUCCCUUACAACUGACCUGUAUGUUGUCAUCCUUGAGUGGGAUAUCUAUGGAAAGAAAUACGAUAUUUAAAAUAUAUAUCAAAUUAAGUUAAAUUAUUCCCUCUAUUUCUAAAGUUCAGAGGGGAAUGUGGAUCCUUAUGUAGCCAGAGAGGAAUAAUAUAUCACGAAGCUUAUGGGAACCCUGAGGUUGGCAGAAGUACAAAAGUCCUUUGGAAGAAAACCCCCAAAAUAGCCCCAUGAAGACUGAAGCAGACUCAGUGGCCAUGGAAUGCUGACAUAUUGCUGGGGAAGCGAGUGGGAAUGGAAUGGAGUAUUUUUGAGAAGGGUGUGGCUGGUUAAACAGCAAUACUACACUCUGCAAAAAUUUGUUGCAGAUCCCACUUGUCAAUAGCACAAUACCUAUUUUUUUCUCUGAGAACCAAAUGUCCAUUUAUAUUUUAAAAAGCAGAUAUAUUUCAUAAUUAUAUUGUGGAACAGGCACCCAACAAUACUUCUUCAUACCUCUGACUUGAUAUAUGGCAUGAUUGGAUUUAACCUAAUUUGGUUUUUCAGCACCAAAUUAACUGGUUUGCUGUCAUCAGACAAAAGCACCACAGUCCAGUAUCAGUGACCCACACUACAUUAUGCCCACAAACUACAUAUUCAUCUCCUUGACGUCCCCAUGACUUUUGUGUGUCUGAUUUGGAGUAUACUUUUCCCCAGGCAGGUGAUCUGGAUUGUCUGCUCCCUCUGCAAAUCAGACAAGCCGUAGGCAGGAGUGGCCCAAGACAUUUUGCACCUUCCCAAAUCCAUGUCCAGAAGCCAAUCAGACUGGCAGUGGUAUCUUGCUUUAUUAGCUAUCCUGUAACAGUAUUCUCAUUGGCAGUAGGAGCAGCAAGCUACCUUAGACCACACAACACAAGCCAUUUGGCACACACAGCUCUGUCCUCCAACACCUGCCCACCCAGCACUGCCGCCUGAGGCAGCUAUCUCUACUGGUAUAGCUUGCCCUGGCAGUAUAAAGGGUAAAGGGUAAAGGACUCCUGGACGGUUAAGUCCAGUCAAAGGCGACUAUGGGAUUGUCGCGCUCAUCUUGCUUUCAGCCGACGUUUGUCUGCAGACAGCUUUCUGGGUCAUGUGGCCAGAAUGACUAAACCACUUCUGGCACAACAGGACACUGCUGGACGGAAACCAGAGCACACGGAAAAGCCAUUUACCUUCCUGCCACAGUGGUACCUAGUGUGCUUUCGAACUGCUAGAUUAGGCAUGAGCUGGGACAGAGCAACAGGAGCUCACCCUGUUGCGGGCAUUUGAACCGCCAACCUUCUGUUCAGCAAGACCAAGAGGCUCAGUGGUUUAGUAAUGGUCAGUCCCCUACUGAACAAACGAUAAGGAUGGCUCACGCUUCCUGCAUAUUCUAAAGGAAACAAAUAAUAUCUGCUUUCUCUUCUGCUGCAAGAGAACAGGAAACCUUGUUGUAGACAUGGAACCAUGGAUUUUUGUACUAUGGCUGCUGCCUCUGACCUGACGUGAGAUCCUAUGAAUCAUCAUGCUGCUUUUUAAAUAUUUCUUGCCAGGGAUUUUACUGACGGUUGAAACUGUCCUUUGCUUGCAGCCAUUUUAUGCAGGCGUUGGAGCAGCUGCCAAACAGUAAAUGGAACGAGGAAAUAGAAGGAAGUGCCCCUCCUCACUGUUUCAUUAAAUAAUGAUUCACCAGGCAGCCCAACAUUUUACAGCUCACAUAAAACAUUUCUAAUUGACAGGGAAGGAUCUAUACACUGAUAUAAGAACUAAACUUUGAACCCUGGAUUUCGGUUAGAGAAUUGGACUUUGCUCUUUCCAAACAGACAUAUUUCCCUAUAAAAUAUGACAAAAGCAGACCUCUAUAAACACUUCACCCAAUAAAAGAUCUUGUUUAAUUAUACAGAGCUCAGUGUAUUCCUUUCACCCAUUUCGAAAAAAGGAAAUGCUAUGAACAUCAUUGGGGCCUUUGGCACAAUGUAAGCUAGUGGAACAGAUAAACUAGAGAACUAGAGAACCUAAAUUAGGAUAGGAGCACACACACAAUUUAAAAUGGAGAGACAUUCAUGCAUAAUUGCUAAACCAUGGCUUGGCCAUCAAGGGCAUGCAUAUUCCCGUUUCUCCUCACAUGUUCUGAUUCUGUAACUUAGUCCCACAAAUCAAGCAACCAACAGGUUGUCUCUAAGACAGAAUCUGAAAAUCACUUCAGAUGAUUGGUUCCAGUUCUGGUUUAGAAGCAAUCUCUAGUUUAUCAGAACUGGGCAUCAUAGUAAACUAUGGUUUGGCCAAACCAGGAAGUGAAGGAAGAAGCUAGAGCUUGAGAUGGUGAGAUGGAAGGGGAAUAGGAGGCAGGAGCACAUAAGCCUGAGCUGGUGUAGUGAGAGAGAAAUGCCUCACCUUCUGCUCUGGCAGGUGUGAACUAGCAGAGCUUGAGAAGCAGCAGUGUAUCUGCCACUCUGCUCUACCCACCUUUGGAUUGCUCUGAAAUUAAAACAAAGGUUCCCCAGCUGUAAGAACUUGUAGAACAGAUGAUUGUAUAUGUAUUUAUAAUGAAGGAUAAAGGCAAAGAAGAAAAGGUAAAACAGUUGAUUAAAGGACAAAGAAUGAUACUCCUUUUCAAGUAUUCAUUCUUUGAAAAAAAAAUGGAACUAGAACAAAAAUUUCCUCAGAACACAGUGUUAGUUGUGGGCUGUUCUAUGUACAAGCAAAAUAUAUUAAGGGGUGGGAGGUAAGGGAUCACUAGAAAAUGGACUCCAUGCCAAAUGUUUGUCUUUGGCAAAAAAGACCACCUUAGCCUUCGCAGUAUCAGUCAAAUGAAAGUCUGAAAGAAAUGUCCCAUGUGCCUUUAGUUUAGAAGGGCAAUAGAGCAUAUGCGUUGGAAAAAGCUUUGCUUUACAGCAUCUAUUAUCUCUACAGGAGCUCUUGCAAGAUACUAGGUGGGGAAUCAACCUUCGAACAACAUGUGCACAUGCAACACUUUAAUGGACUGUUGAACUUGAGUCAUUCCACCCACCCAUGAAUGCUCUGUAGUCACCCUAGCAUUUAUGACAAAAGGCAAUAUACCCUGAUCCUAUUGUGGAAACAGCAUAUAAGAACUAUGCAUCUGUUACGAAAUGCAUGUUUGGCUCCAGAAGGUAGCUACUUGCAUUUCAUGAGCUCAGUGGGACCAACUUUCAAGUGUGUGUAGGAUUGCAUCUUUACUUACACAGGCUUCAUUGUUCUAAGCAGCUUGAAUGAGUUUGCAAAUACUCACAGUAUGCUAAAUCUUCCAUUUUCACCAUUCACAUUUUCUAGUGGGGAACUGCAAAGGAAAGAAUCAAUUCACAUUCUAUAACUGAUUAUUUUCGAACUCUAAAAUCUGAAAGUCAAAUUCUCUUGUGGGCAUCUCUGGAUUGCUUAGACUUCUGCAAACUUCACAUAUAAAAACUUAGAAGCUAUGUUACUGCUAAAUAGCUAUCUAUUCAUCUAUAUUAUUGUGUCACACAGUAUCUAUCAAAUGUUGUAAGGAGAAAUUCCCUUUUUCAGCCAAUGCAGUGUCACCGCUGCUGCAACAAUGACACAGAAUUACAAUUAUAUCGCCCUGGUAGGAGGACCAAAGUUUUAUUAACUAAUAUUGACAAUAUUAAUAAUCUGGGACCCUUUCUCAUUUUUCCUGCAGGUCAUUUGCCAAGGUACAGAUGACCCACAUAUAAGUGGGCCUCUGGAGGACAAGACUUUUUCUGUUCAAGAAGGGAGGACAGGAAUCACCUAUAUCUAUCGGGUAAACGGAUGUCUAAAGUCUUCACUUUCAAAACUGUUUGAUAUUUGAGAAUGGGAAACUGGAGUUCUGAUUUGUUUCUUUUUCCUCAUGUACUAGUUUACAUUGCAACCUCCGACUGUCAAGCUGAGACUGACUGGUGUGACAGACGGCAAAAUAUAUAUUUACCCGAAAGAUUGGUCUCUGUAUGUUAAUGGGUCUCUGGACUGGGAAACCAGAAACGUCUACAAUCUACAGGUAAAAGAAAGAUGUGGCAUUUUUGUUUCUUUCUAAUAUUUUAUUUAAAUACUCCCAGUCAAAGCCCUCUCAAGUUGGCUUCCAAGUACACUAUAACUAAGUACAGCCAUAAAAAUGAAUAAAAACCAGUCAUAAAAGCAACAUCCAUCUCAAAAAAUACUAACCCAUCACAAUGACCAUAGGGACAUAGGAAGCUGCCUUACACACCAAGUUACACCACUUGUCCAUCUUACCCAGUACUGACUGCACUGGCUGGCAGUGGCUCUCCAGGGUUUCAGACCAGAAAUCUUUCCCACUCCUACCUGGAAAUGCUAGAGAUUGAACCUAGGAGCCUUUGCAUGCAAGACAGAAACUCUAUCACUGCCCUAUGGCCCUUUCCCUUAGAACCAAUAGGUAAAGGUAAAAGGUAAAGGACCCAUGGAUGGUUAAGUCCAGUCAAAGGUGUUAUGUACUGAGUUGAAUAGGAUCCAAAAUGCAGCAGCCUCAUUGGUCCUAGAACAAUAGGAUCCAAAAUGCAGCAGUCUGGUCCUAGAACAAUAGGAUUCAGAAUGCAGCAGUAUGAUUGGUCCUAGAACAAUAGGAUCCAGAAUGCAGCAGUUGGUCCGCAGGAGCCACCCAAUCCAGCUCCAGGUGGAAGUGAAUCCGCAACCUGAUUGGCCUACAGGAGAAUCCCGGAAUUAGCCAAUCACGUGGGACUCAUUGUGUAAAUAAUGUAUAUAAAGCAGACAUUUUGGGGGAACUAGCAUUCCUCACUACUAUGAGCUGAAUAAAGAGCAUGAAAUCCACACUCGACUCCGAGUAUAUUUCAAAAGGUGACUAUGGGGUUGCGGUGCUCAUCUCGCUUUCAGGCUGAGGGAGCUGCUGUUUGUCCACAGACAGCUUUCUGGGUCAUGUGGCCAGCAUGACUAAACCGCUUCUGGCGCAACGGAACACCGUGACGAAAACCAGAGUGCAUGGAAACACUGUUUACCUUCCCGCCACAGUGGUACCUAUUUAUCUACUUGCACUGGCAUGCUUACGAACUGCUUGGCCCUAAGAAUUGGCUCCUAUGACUCAGUUGCAGGCAUUAUUGGACUCUUAGGGUAUACUCAGGGCUUUUUUCCAGCUGGAACUCACAGGAACUCAGUUCCGGCACUCUCAGGUUGGGAACAUUGCCAUUAUAAGAGAACAAGGGAGACGUUCAUGGUGAGUUCUGGCACCUCUUUUUCUAGAAAAAUAGUACUGGGUAUACUGAUUAUUUGGACCCAUUCCAAUUUAGGUUCAGUCCUGGAUCCAGGACCAAAUGAGCUUUCAUCGCCUAAUGAAUGAUCAUUAUCAAGAGAAGGAUGAUAUGAGGCAGAGGACAGGAAACCACAAUGGUAUUUCCAUAUCACUCCUAACAUGCAGUUCCAUCCUAGCCAAUUCAACUCAAACAUGGAACGACAAAACUUUGUGACUUACCGUAAACUGCUUAAAGGUUUUGUUACAAUGAGGUGGUACCUAAAUCUUGUUAGAUAUACUUAUUGAAUGACCUUGUUUUGAUAUCUCUUCUUUCUGCCUCAAAUUAGGUGGAAGGUCUGGAUGAAAAUGGGCAGAGAGUGAAAGGCCCAUAUUCUAUCACAAUAAAUGUUAUCGAUGUCAAUGACAACCCUCCACAAUUUUCGCAGAGAGAGUACUUCGCAGCAGUGAGACAAAACUCCCGCCCAGGUAUUUAUUUCCACAUUUACUUGACAUUAUUUGGGGCUUGUAAUGAUUGACAAAUAUGACAUUAAGCUUAACUUAAAACUGUGAUUGUUAAGCUGUGUCCGAGGUGAAGAAAGGGGGGAAAGCAGAGGAGCUAAAAAUUUCAUAGACAAUACCAAAGCUACUCUUUCGUUACAGAAGAGGUUAUCCACUUCCCAAGUAUAGUCAUACCUCGGGUUGAAGUAGCUUCAGGAUAAGUAUUUUCGGGUUGAGCGCUGCAGCGACCUGGAAGUAACAGAGCAUGUUACUUCCGGGUUUCGCCGCUCGCACACGCAUCAACGGUCAAAAUGACGUCAUGCGCAGAAGCGGCGAAUCAUGACCCGUGGACACGCAGGCGCGCGGACGCAGUUUACGUUCACUUCUGGAUGCGAACGGGGCUCUGGAACGGAUCCCGUUCCCAUCCAGAGGUACCACUGUACAACUUGCACCAUCACUAAGCAUACAAUUGCAGGGGAUCCCUGAUCUCAUGACUCUCCAGUUUGCGUGCAUAUGUGUUUCAGUUGUGUGUUUGGUACCUCAUCUGGAAAGCUGUGCUCAUUGUGGGCUGAGUAGUAUAUUAUCCCACUUCUUUUCAAGUGGCUAUGGUUGAGUCUGGCCAAACCUCCCCAUUUCCACAUUUCUCCCCCCUCUGGGUACCACAGCUGGGAAUGUGAACCUGAAAGCUGACAAAAUGGAGAUUCAAAUGACAUAAAAUAAGAGGGUAAAUGCACAGUAAUCAUGAAACCCAGAAAGGUGUGGUUUUUGUGUGUGUGUUUUUGUAAUUUGCUUGUCAAGUAAAAUCAGCCAGAGGUAAAUCAAACCCUUUCUCUUUUUAUGUGGCAUGGCAACCAUUUAUUUGUUUUGUGUGCCAUGAAGACCAAAUGAGAAAGCCACUUUGAACUCACAGAAACUUAUGGAAAGAUCUACCUGAUUAAGGACUCAGGUUAUUAUUGUGCCUGUCUGGUAUGCAGAUACCAGAUUGUCUGUUGUCAUUCUCUUAACAGAAUAAACAAUCAGCCACUUUGGUCUUUGUUCGUGGUAUAUGUUUAUUUAUUGUUAGAUAUGCUUGUUCCAAGCUGUGAAAAUAAAAAAAUAAAUUUCUAAAUGAAUAGCUCCAGAAAGUUAAAAAUCCCAAUGUGAAAGGUCACUAUCAUAUUUUUACCUAGUGUGCUAGAAUGCCAAGAAGACCUAUUGAUCUUUCUAUUUUAUAAACCAGGAAUUUUGCUGUUUAUUGUUCUGAAAACAUUGCCCGGUUCCUUUAAACUAGAAAAUUGUGGAUUACUGUCGGUGGUUCAUCUUCAGUGGAGAAUGAUACCUUCUGUUUGUCUUUUUGAUAUGUCUUUAUUUUUCUUUUUACACCCAAACAGGAAAGCCCUUCACAUAUGUCACUGCUACUGAUCGUGAUGAUCCCACCACUCCUCAUGCGCAACUGAGCUACAGCAUUAGCAAACAUUUCCCAGACCCUCAUCAAACGAUGCUUUUCCAGAUUAACAAUGUCACUGGAGCAAUUUCCACAACUGCUGCUGGUAGGCAAGUCUACUUGUGGAACCAAGUUCCAAACAACUAAGCAGUCUGACUUGAAAAAUUGGGCCAAUCAUUGUUAAUAAUAUAAGGUGGUCACAUCCAACCCCCCCCCAAAUUUCUGAACUACUUAGAUUUGUGGGGAAGAAGCAGCUUUGCAAAUGUGCCUUGAAUUUCUCAGUGAAUGCCUAGUACAAACCAAUAGCAAAACACCCUAUAUGUUUUAGUGAAUGUGAGAUCAGAUUCUAUGCUACUUUUGUUAAGUUGUUUUGUUCUCUGAGACGAAGGUAGAAGCCAGAACAAGACAUAUACCCCCAGACAUUCCGGAAGUCAGUUCUUAAACCGAAACCAUUCUAAAACUGAGGUGCAGUUUCCCUAAUGAGGCCUCCCACCCCCGGUACCCUUCCACUAUUUGAAUUCCGUUCUUAGACCAAGGUAGAGUUUGCGAACCGGGACACUACUUCUGGUUUUGUGGAGUUCAUAAACCCAAUCGUUCGUAAACAGGACAGUUCUUAAACCGAGGUACCACUGUAGAGUAAAGUCUGUAUGUAAACGAUGGCUUGCAAAAUUGGACAUAGAUUUAGGAAUAUGCAUUCCUUCCCUCCCUUUUUUGAAUUAAGUUCCUCCUCCCUUCCUUUGCCAGUAUUAGCUAUGGUUUAGUUUUACAUGUGCAGCAAUGUAGGUGAUUACAUUUAAGACCCUUUAUGUUUGGAUACUAGAUUACUUGCAAGACUACCAUCCCUCAUAUAUGAACCUGACUUCUUGUUGAAGACAUAAGCACAGGCUCGCUUAAGUGUUUCAGAUAUCUCAGUGGUCUUUCUUGUCAGAUUCAAGGAAAGAAAGUCUUAUCAGAAGUUGUAUCAAGGCUUUGGACAUCUCUCCUGAAUAAUGAUUGUCUUGCCUCAAACUCCUACAGUCUUCUGCCAUAUGUUAAGAUCUUUCUUGUUUUAGUAAGCAUACAUGUCCAACCUAGUUUUAGGGCACAAUCCUAAUUUCUCCCCACUCCUGCUGAUGGGGUUUUGCAGAGCAGUUUGGCCAUGUGGCCAGGUUUGGCAGAUGGCAAGACACCAGCUGAACCAGGAUACCAGGGCAGAGGGACACGCAGGCCAUAAAGGAGGGUUUGGAUUGCGCCGCCGCCUAUGACAAUUCUUUUACUGCUGUUUCUAUGGAAAAUUCUUUGCUCCAAAUCAUCAUCAUCAUCAUCUCACUGUUUCAAACUGAAGUGUGCUGUCAGUUUGGACCUUAUUGUUUUCUGUUUAUGCUAGGAAGCAUCUUGGACUAUUUUGUAGGAGAGGCAUGAUAUAAUUGUUUUAAAUUAGAGGAACGUAUACACCAGGCAAAGGCAAACUCGGCCCUCCAGAUAUUUUGGGACUACAAUUCCCAUCAUCCCUGACCACUAGUCCUGUUAGCUAGGGAUGAUGGGAGUUGUAGUCCCAAAACUUCUGGAAAACCGAGUUUGCCUAUGCCUGGUAUACACCAAUGAAGGACACGAGGGAGGAAUUCAUUCUAGAGAGAAGAAAAGAGGGGGAGGCAUGUGAAUUUUUAGUGACAGGUGAACCAUGGUUUUCAAGGAAUGAGUAUCAUGGUUUUGCUAGAAAGCAAAGGGAGAGAUAGAGAAAGAUAUCUAAAGGAGACAUUAUGAUAACUGCUGUUGAUGUCCAUGUAACCUAGUUAACCAGAACUACAAAAUACUUGUGUUUCCCCCCAGGAGUAAUGGGUUCAGUACCUGUCAACAGUAGUGACGUGAUUAUGAUAUUUGUGUGAGCUGCCAAAAAGAUAGCCAUGGUGAAGGCUGCCAAGGAGUGCUUUUUUCUGGGGGGGGGGGGGACGCAGGGGGACGCAUACCCUGAAACAUUUUGUGAAUCUAAGUUUGGCCUCAUUGAGGGGCAGUAUUUCAAUAUGAGUAGGAAAAUGAGAGUACCCCUAAACAUAUUUUUAAAGAAAAAAAGCACUGCUGCGAAGUGAAGGGAGGGGAAAUUUUCUCUGGGUGAAAAAUGCAUGUCAUUAUUUGCAACCUUUGCAAUAUUACAUUUGCAGAGGGUUUUUGUCAAGAGAACGUUGGUGCCAGUUCAAUAAUUGUUUCAUUUAUUCUAUGUUUGAUUUCCAGGAGCUAAGUAUUUAAAUCCAGCAGAUGGGAUCAAUUAUACCAUUGCUGUGAGAGUAAAAGAUAUGGCAGGGCAGUCAGAGAAUUCCUUCCCCAGCGAUGCUGACGUGAUUGUCACCGUGUUGGAAAACCUCUGGAAGUCUCCUCCACUAGUAAAGCUCAAGGAAAAUUCUACAGAGCCACACCCCAUGAGAAUCACUCAGGUAAGAUAUGGCAAUCGCCAACAAGCCCAGGAAUCAAAUCUACCAUCCAAAGUCUGAUUUUCAAUUUCCCAUGUUUAUGUGCUCCAUUCAUCCACAAAACCAUUACCACAGACGUACAAUUAAAGACUGGGUCACAUCUCAGGGAAAACCUUUUUAAACAAAAAUGUCUCCAGUAGGCACCUAGCUAUCAUGAUACUAGGCACCUGUCUUGAUUCCAGAGGGCUGGAGUUGCAACACUAAAAGCCCACAGUUUCUAGUGCAAGCUAAGCACCCCUUUGGGGCAUGUGGCACUCUCAACAGUGCCCAUCUGAGGACCGCAGUUGCUAGGCAUGGAUAUAUGGAGGGUUUAAACCUGCUGUUUUACUCUUCUUUGAAAUGAUAGGUGCAGUGGAAUGAUCCAGGUGCAAAAUAUGAAAUCCGGCAAAAGGAAACGCCCCCCACUAAACUCCCAUUUAUGGUUGCCCAGAACGGGACUGUCUAUGUAACUGAACCACUAGACAGAGAAGUAAAAGAUGCGGUAAGUAUUUGAAAAAGGGCUGUCAAUAUACUUUUAAAGAUGGAGGAAGCUAAAUGAUUGUAGGCAUGUCACUACUGAUACUCCAAAUGUUGAUCUGGUGUCUUUUUUUGUUUGGUUUGCAUGGCUGCACACUAAAUCAGGGGUGGAGAAUUGGUGGACAUGCACCUAUUUUUGGACUCCAACUCCAAAUAGCCUCUGGGCAGAUCCAUGCCACACAUUUAAAUCACAUGACUCCCCCCCCCAAGAAUUUUGGGAACUGUAGUUUGUUAUGGGUGCUAGGAAUUGUAGCUAUGUGGAGGAAACUACAGUUCCCAGGAUACUUUCGGGGAAUUCAUAUGCUUCACAUGUGGGCUGGGUGUGCUCUGAAACCAAGGUGUGGAUCUGCCACGGCUGAUGGUUAGCAAGGAUAGGAAUUGUAGUCCAGUAACAUCUGGAGGGACACGGGUGGUGCUGUGGGUUAAACCACAGAGCCUAGGACUUGCCGAUCACAAGGUCGGCGGUUCAGAUCCCCUCGACAGGGUGAGCUCCCGUUGCUCGGUCCCUGCUCCUGCCAACCCAGCAGUUCGAAAGCACGUCAAAGUGCAAGUAGAUAAAUAGGUACCGCUCCGGCGGGAAGGUAAACGGUGUUUCCGUGCGCUGCUCUGGUUCGCCAGAAGUGGCUUAGUCAUGCUGGCCACAUGAGAUGAGCGCCUCAACCCCAGAGUCGGUCACGACUGGACCUUAUGGUCAGGGGUCCCUUUACCUUUAACAUCCGAGGGCUAAUGGUUAGGAUGAAUCUGACAAUUUUGGUUUCUUUCAUUUCCCCCCUAACCUUAAUUUCAGUUGGAUCCAUUUCUGCAUCAGUUUGCCAUCUUUUAAAAGAAAAAAUCCUAUGAAAUUGUGUAAACAUUUUUGUAUGCAUUUCCACUAACAUACAGAUUUUUGCAAGCAAUUUCUCCUAAUAUAAUGCAUUUCUAUAAUACAUUUCCCAAUAUGCUGCACAUUAUUUUCACUGUCAUAUAAACUGUGCCUUUUUGUGCACAAUUUCCCCUAAUGUGUGCUUUUUCUGUACUCAUUUUUUUUCUUGCAUGGAAAAACAAACAAGAUGAAUUUUAACAGGGAGAAAUGUAAAGUAUUGCACUUGGGCAAAAAAAAUGAGAGGCACAAAUACAAGAUGGGUGACACCUGGCUUGAGAGCAGUACAUGUGAAAAGGAUCUAGGAGUCUUGGUUGACCACAAACUUGACAUAAGUCAACAGUGUGACGCGGCAGCUAAAAAAGCCAAUGCAAUUCUGGGCUGCAUCAAUAGGAGUAUAGCAUCUAGAUCAAGGGAAGUAAUAGUACCACUGUAUUCUGCUCUGGUCAGACCUCACCUGGAGUACUGUGUCCAGUUCUGGGCACCACAGUUCAAGAAGGACACUGACAAACUGGAACGUGUCCAGAGGAGGGCAACCAAAAUGGUCAAAGGCCUGGAAAUGAUGCCUUAUGAGGAAUGGCUAAGGGAGCUGGGCGUGUUUAGCCUGGAGAAGAGGAGGUUAAGGGGUGAUAUGAUAGCCAUGUUCAAAUAUAUAAAAGGAUGUCACAUAGAGGAGGGAGAAAGGUUGUUUUCUGCUGCUCCAGAGAAGCGGACAUGGAGCAAUGGAUCCAAACUACAAGAAAGAAGAUUCCACCUAAACAUUAGGAAGAACUUCCUGACAGUAAGAGCUGUUCGACAGUGGAAUUUGCUGCCAAGGAGUGUGGUGGAGUCUCCUUCUUUGGAGGUCUUUAAGCAGAGGCUUGACAGCCAUAUGUCAGGAGUGCUCUGAUGGUGUUUCCUGCUUGGCAGGGGGUUGGACUCGAUGGCCCUUGUGGUCUCUUCCAACUCUAUGAUUCUAUGAUUCUAUGAAACUUCAGCGCAAAUUUUCAAGGACUCACAUAUUGAUUUGGAAAGUACGAAUUUGGUCGAUUUGCAUUCAGAUGCAAAUGGAACCAAUUCCUCCCCACUUCCACCCAGAGCUACAUAUAACCCAUUGCAGGACUAAAAUAAACAUUCACUAUUGUUGCAAUUCCUAAUCACAAUAUUCCCAUUUUAGUAUUCCUUUUACGUGGUUGCAAAAGAUAAAGACGAAGACAUAGCACUAUCCUAUCCACUGACCAUUAACGUCACAGUUGAAGACAUCAAUGAUAAUCCCCCUGUGUGUGACAAAGCUUUGACUAUAUUUGAAGUUCAGGACAACGAACCCGUAGGUAAGGAAACACGACAAAAAUUUACCAGGCAGCUCCCUUGGUAACCAGAUAGCUGAAACCAGUGCCAACCUUAAUCACAGUGCCAAUCAAAUGUGAGCAAAGGUACAAUCAUUUUGAAUUUGGACAGUUGUGCCUCUAAUAUAUUUCAUGGUGCACCAGUCCCUCGCCUGCAGGCCUGUAUUACUAGCAGCUGCGAGAAUCGUGGGGCCAUUUCAAGCUCUUUGUUCUACAUUAUUUAAAAUACUGUCUUUCUGUUGCUUGGGAUUGGUUCCUGAAAUAUUUUCACGAGUCUGUAAUCCUGCACAUCCUUUACCUGGGUGUUAACCCCACUGAACUCAAUGGGGCUCACUUCUGGGUAGACAAAGGCUCACAACACAACAUGUUUUGUUUUCAUCUGCCUUGUGUUUAUUUGCUGCUUGACUAAUUUUGACUUUCUUUGCUGCCACCAGGGAAUUUCAUAGGAACUUUUCAUGCUUCGGACAGAGAUCAGGAAAACACUUUAAACUCCCGCCUCUCCUACGUCAUUGUGGAUCAGAGCCCCAAAGUGCCUUAUGAUAAUAUGUUUCUCAUCGAACGCGGAACUGGGACGGUCAACUUACUUACCUCUGCCUUAAACAAGGAGCUAGUCUCUAACUACUCUUUGACAGUGGAGGUGACAGAUUCAGGUUGGUAUUGCUUGCCAAGGCCCUGUGACCCACAGUUCCCUAAUGGAUAAUAAACACACAGGCAUGAGCAUUUUGGUUUAUGGGUUGAAAUAGGCCACAACUUUAUGGGUUACAGAUGUGAGCAGUUUGCCUUAGGCAUUGGGUGAAGCCAGGCUAUAUCUCGACACCCGCCUGUCUGCAGGGACUCCAUCUAAGGGUAAACCACCAAUAGGGGGAGUCCUAUGACUUACAUCAAAUAGGGGAACCCCAAGGGGUCCCUGUUAGGGUUGUGGCAUGGCCCUAGCCCAUGUCUGAGCAUCAGACAGAAUCCACACACAUACAUCGCAAUCCCUUUAACAGGAUACCCUUAAUGAGGAGGGGCAGGCAGAGGCUACAACCUCUUCUACAUCCAAUUAAAGGCUUACCCAAUGCCUAACUUCACAAAGUUGUGACGAUUGCUAUGAGGUAGACGAAAACCAAAUGGUUGGUGCCACUUUGCCAAGUGGAAAAAAAUCCCAUCCGGCUCCAACAAUAUGUCCAUCACCCAUAGAUUUCCACUCUGAUGACGACUUCUUCUUCUUCUUCUUCUUCUUCUUCUAACAUUUUUUAUUGGUUUUAAACAUCACAAAUAAAAUAGCAUUAUCAUAUUGACAGUUUUAUUUUCAGUUCCUUUCCUAAUAAUCCCCCACAUGAAAUUUGCCACUAUAAAGAUUAAAAAAAACAACAACAACCCAGAAAGUUCCCAUCAUUAAAAUAACACAGUCAGCAACAGAAUAGAAUAAUAGAAUAAUCUUCCUAAAUAUCAAAAUAGGCCUGAGUAGAUGAAAAUAUAAGAAAAAGAUCUACUGAAUCAGGCCAAUGGCCCAUCCAGUCCAGCUCCCAGUUCUCCCAGUGGCCAGACAUAUGCCCAUGGGAAUCCUGAAGACAACAGCAGUCUCUCCACUGGUAUUCAAAGGUAUACUGCCCCCAGCAAUGGAGGCAGACCACAGCCAUCAUGGCCGGUACCCAUAAAUGAGUUCUUAAACGUUCUUAAAACAACCAACUGAUGAGGCCUUUGGGGAGGGUGUUCCAAAGGCUUAGCACUACAGCUUGAAAAGCUCAUCUCUGAGAGGUUUUUAGCUGGCAAUUCAUCUGACUGCAGUAUUGCUAGUUGGGUCUCCUCCAAUGAUCACAGAGAAUAGUUUGGCUGGCUUCUAACAGCAGAGGCAGCCUGCUUGAAGUAGUCAAUUGAAAUGUUUGGGAACCCUUGUUCUACACAGAGCAGCCUUGGGCGUGAUCCUGUCCUGUUCUUUUGCCAACAGCAUUCCGAACGCUGUGCAACGUGCAGAUCAAUGUCAUCGAUACCAACGAUCAGGUUCCAAUCUUUGAAAAAUCGGAUGUGAGUGUUCUUUUAACUGGUUUUGCAUUUGUAGUAUCUAGAAAACGCCUCUCACUCGAUCAGGGAUCUUGGGACUCAUUUCACGGAGGCAGAAAACACGUUUUAAAUGUGUUGUAAAGUGAAAUAUACAAAUGUGACACUAGAGGGCAAGAACGAGCUAUGCAAAAUUCAAUGUAUUUUUCAAAACUUUUUUUUUAAAAAAAGCAUUUUCACAGCGUUUUUUAUACGUGUGUAGAUUCCACCUUGAUCCAAUAAAUAAUUGCCCCCUGACAAUGAAAAUGUGAUAUUGAUGUAGAAGCAGGUUUUUGUGUAUGCAGUUUCAGUUAGAUAUAAAAUCAUAGUGUUGGGCGGAUUGUGGUAAUACAGAGCCCAGAGUGAGGAAAUAAUUUGGCACCCUCUCCCCUCUUGCCUUCCAUGUACAUGUUGUCAAAUGUACUACGUCAUAGUUUUGCAUUGGUUUGGUACCUUGUGUGUGUGUGUGUGUGUGUGUGUGUGUGUGUGUGUGUGAAACCAUCCCCACUGCCCUAAACCAGGCGUUGUUUGGAUGUGGCCCUUGUAGAUGAGCGAGAGCCCACUGUCCACCUUUGUAACUGGUUCCACUGUCAAGCUAUUUCUAUCAUUAAGAAGUUUCUCUUCAUCUGUUCUGGUUGUUGUUGUUUCUUCUUUUCUCUUUAGUAUGGCUCUAUGACGCUUCCAGAAAACAUACCAUUAGGAACAGUAAUACGGGAAAUCCAAGCCACAGAUGCUGACGAACCCUUCACUGGAAGCUCUCAGAUUGUGUACAAAAUCGAUAAGGGAGACCCCAACAACACUUUUGUAAUAGUGACAGAUCGAAAAACAAACAGAGGAUAUGUUACAAUUAAUAAGGUGAAUAAAUUUUGUUUCUUUCCCUGAUGGAUCAUGAGUAAAGAAAGCUUAACAUUUAAGUGAGGUGGGCUUAAGAACUUGGCCAUCCACUGAGGUAAUUGGAGGAGACUCUUCUUGGCUACCCCACCUAAGGAAAUUAAGCAAGCUGUGACCAAGGGCUGGGCCUUCUCUAUCCUGUCAGCAAGACCAUGGAAUGCUCUUCUCAGAGUUUUGUACCUGACUUCCAGUUUUUAAAAAAUCUAUUGGUGGGAAUGAACCUGUUGUUCUCCAAAUGUUGCAAGACCACAAUUCCCAUCACCCUGACCUUUGGCCAUGCCGAUUGGGGCCAAAGGGAGCUGGAGUCCUACAAUAGUUGGAGGGCCAUUCCUGCUUUAUCACAUGUCAAAAACUGGUACAACAUUAGUAAUAAUGCCUCUGAGGAUGUUCAGAGCUAAAUUUCCACCAUACGGAGCAGCCAUAGGGAUUAGAGAACAGCUUUCAAGGCUUCCCCCAAAGAUUCCUGGGAUCUGUAGGUAACCCAUCACAGAGCUGCAAUACCCAGCAUCCUUAACAAACUACACUUCCCAAGGUUCUUUGGGGGCAGGCAUGUGAUUUAAACAUAGGGUGUGGAUGUGACCAAGAUCCAUUACAGUGGUACCUCAGGUUACAUAUGCUUCAGGUUACAGACUCCGCUAACCCAGAAAUAGUACCUCGGGUUAAGAACUUUGCUUCAGGAUGAGAACAGAAAUCGUUCUCCGGCGGGGCGGUAGCAGCAGGAGGCACCAUUAGCUAAAGUGGUGCUUCAGGUUAAGAACAGUUUCAGGUUAAGAACGGACCUCCGGAACGAAUUAAGUACUUAACGCGAGGUACCACUGUAUUUGUUCAUCUAGCUAUUCCUGAUACAACUGGGUUUUCUCUCCCUGCUUUCCUAGGCUCUUGAUUUUGAAACAACUGAUGUGUAUAACCUCACAAUCCAAGCCACAAAUCCUGAACCUCUUGUGACUGGGGUACAGUACAAUUUAAACUCCACUGCUUACUUGAGAGUCAUAGUUAUUAAUGUGGAAGAAGCACCAGUUUUUCUCAAAACCACUCAUACAGUUGAUAUACCUGAAAAUGCUACUGUGGGUACUUUUUUGACAACAGCGACUGCCUUUGAUCCAGAGGGUGACUCGAUAAGGUAAAGAUGAAUUUCUCUCUAAACUUAAUCAUGGUCAAAGUAGACUUUACGUUAAUCAUAUUGUUGAAUUAAGGUGGCCAGCUGCAACAGAGAGCGGGACUCCUGCAACUUUAAAGGUUGUGUAGAAGAGGGGAUUUCAGGGGGAAAGAAGAUAAACAUUUCUCUGGAAGAUGGACACUCAGGGCUUGUAACUGUGUAGACAUUAUCUUUUUGCCCAGGCUUCCCCUGACCCAUAAGAUCGGACUCUGCUUUGAUCUGUUUGAAUUCCCUUAAUACAUAUUUGCAAUUUUUUUCUGUAUUGUUUCAUUUAUUUAACAAAAUUUAUAUCCCGCAGGAUUGUAAUAAAACAUUGAAGCGGUUUACAAAAAGAGCUACAUUUAAAUUAUCAACAAAAGACAGAAACAGGUUUUUAAAGACGUUCAAAAGAUAAUUAAAAUCAGUGGUAAGCUAAAAAGGAGAUUAAAACUCAUGUCGACAUUUUACAUGUCCAGAUAGGCUUGCCUAAACAAAAAUGUUUUAAGCUGGUAUUCAAAAUAGUGUGGUGAAGGCACCCAGUUGAUGUCAGUAAGCCAGCAGUUCUAUAAAGUGUAGUUUCUGCCGCACUAAAAGAUAAAUUUCUUACAAGAGCAGAAACAAGUACCAGUAUUAUGUGGCACAUACUGGGUAAGGCAAUCCCGCAAGUAAACCAGCCCCAAGCUGUAAAGGACUUAAUAUACAAAUAGUAAUGAUUUGUGAAUUUGGGACGUUGAGGUCUGUGGAAUAUACAAAUUGUAACACCUUGAACUUGGGACGCGGGUGGUGCUGUGGGUUAAACCACAGAGCCUAGGACUUGCCGAUCAGAAGGUUGGCGGUUCAAAUCCCUGCGACAGGAUGAGCUCCCAUUGCUCGGUCCCUGCUCCUGCCCACCCAGCAGUUUGAAAGCACGUCAAAGUACAAGUAGAUAAAUAGGUACCGCUCUGGCAGGAAGGUAAACAGCGUUUCCGUGCGCUGCUCUGGUUUGCCAGAAGCAGCUUAGUCAUGCUGGCCACAUGUACCCGGAAGCUGUACACUGGCUCCCUCGGCCAAUAAAGCGAGAUGAGUGUUGCAACCCCAGAGUCAGCCAUGACUGGAUCAAAUGGUCAGGGGUUCCUUUACCUUUUAACACCUUGAGCUUAACCCAGUCUUUAUUUUCAUAUGCUUUUAUACUACUGUUUUACUGAUUUUAUGUUGUAUUUUCGUUUUAGUGAUACUGUUUUAAUGUCAAUUACUGCUUAGAUACAUACACUUAUAUACACUCAGGAAGUUGUGACCAUUAGGUAUGGUUCCCCUUCCUUUCUUUGCAUUACAGGGAGGAGGAAUGAGUCAAUAGCGCUAUAGCGUCCAUGCAACUGUUUUGAUAGGACAUUCCUGCAUCUGUAACCAGCUAUCAGUGAAAGCACAUCAGGCUUUAUGAAUAAGCUGGGUUCUUAUAUAUUGGCCUUCUUCUUGCAAAGGUACGCCCUGAAAAGUGAUGCCAGGAAGUGGCUGCGGAUUGACCCUCUCAAUGGCACAAUAUAUACUGCUGCCCCGCUGGACCGGGAAACUCAACAAACCUACAUGGUGCAAAUAGUCGCAACUGAGCAAAGUAAGAAAAAAAAGAAAGGAAGGAAGUUACUCCCAAAUUAGAGGUGACCCAGGACAAAGUGCCCCUCCCUGGCAGGCCCAUCCUACAUUGGUGCCCCUCCCCUUACAUAAUGGGUGUCAAUGGCACCACCAUUAAAAAUGUCACACAGCUCCCCGGACUGAUGCUACGUUAAGCACUCUGGGAUUUUUAAAAGGAUAGCUUAUAGCUCUCUGGUACAAAGGGCAGAUGUUUGUGCCAGUUGGCUACAUACAUAGCCUGGAUAGAUAAUAAUAAUAAUAAUAAUAAUAAUAAUAAUAAUAAUAAUAAUAAUUUAUUAUUUGUACCCCGCCCAUCUGGCUGGGUUUCCCCAGCCACUCUGAGCGGCUUCCAACAAAGAUUAAUGUCACACAUUAAAAACUUCCCUGAACAGGGCUGCCUUCAGAUGUCUUCUAAAUGUCAGGUAGUUGUUUAUCUCUUUGACAUCUGAUGGGAGGGUGUUCCACAGGGCGGGUGCCACUACCAAGAAGGCCCUCUGCCUGGUUCCCUGUAACUUUGCUUCUCGCAGUGAGGGAACCAGCAGAAGGCCCUCGGCACUGGACCUCAGCGUCCAGGCAGAACGAUGGGGAUGGAUACGCUUCUUCAGGUAUACUGGGCCAAGGCCAAUUAUAUUUAGAUAUUUAUAAUUCCCAAAUGCAGAAGCUUCAUGCCCUCAAGAAAACAUGUUGGAUAGACAGGAGAAGAUGGAGGAGUCUAACUCUCCCUCACUUGUUUUCUUCUUCUCCUUCAGUAUCAACUAGCAAUCUGUUCAUCAUUAUUUUAAAUGCAGAGAGGCUGGCACAUACUAUAGUCAUGCAUCCACAUAAGAACAUAGCAAAUGAUGCUCCCAAGUGCCACUGCUGGCAUUUCACAGAUGUCGGCAUGCUGAACACCCCAUCCCACUCAGUGGCAGAGAGCCUCUGAAACUUUGGAGAGCCCCUGCCCAUCAGUGUGGAAUAUUGUUUUGCACUCUGUUCCACUCCACAGCUAAAGCAUCUCGAAGCUCCACAGCACAGCUGAGACUGAACCUGAAAGAUGUGAACGACAACCCUCCGAGGCUAGAUAAGAACGUUGUGUUCUUCUGCCACCCUCUCCAAGGAAACGAGAAAACGAAAAUCGAAGUUUCUGAUCCGGAUGAACGUUCAUAUGUUCAGAGAUUCACUUAUUCCCUUGUUGGUGCAGAUGCAAUACAAAACUGGAAUGUUUCUAAACCUGAUGGUAAGUUUUUGAUCAGUUCCAUGGCAAAUGCAACCCCGAUGCAACCGAGCUAUCCAUUUUAGGAAGGAGCUCUAUAGCCUUUUUAUGGGACUCUGAGUUAAUUACGUAUAUAUUUUCAGAGAUGAGGAAACUCUGAUCUUCCAGGGGUUGCUGAACUCCAACUCCCAUCAUCCCUAACAUUAGCCCAUGCAAGCUGAGGCUUAUGGGAGCUGGAGUCCAAUAAUAUCUGGAAGGCCUCAGGUCUGCAUCUCGGCUUCACAGGUUAUCUGUUAUUUUUAAAAUGUUCAAUAUUUAUGCAUUUGGGUAUGGAUUCCUGCCUAUUGUAGAGACUCGGACCCAGCGAAGACACGAUAAAUGCAGUCACAUUUCUUAUUCAUGGCACAAGGAUUCUUGUCUUAGUUUUCCUGAUUAUAAUGCUACCACUUCUAUCCUGGAAUCUAAUGUUCCUUUAUGGAACUGUGGCUUUUUGAUCAGUAUACUGCCAUGCCGUACUAAAUUUUUAAACAUCAUGUGACAUCACAAUGCAAAACUGCCAUGAUUUUCUGGGUUGACGGGGUUGUAAACAUUUUUUCACCUCUGGAAGCAAGUAACAUGGGAGUGUGCACUAAACUUCCUCUAGAUUCUGCUAGUUUUCUAGAGGUGGCUUUUAUGUCAUAUGAGAGAUCACAUAAACUGUAGAAGCUAUCUGCUAAGGAAACUUCGGUGAAACUCUGGGAAAGAGCAUAAAUCUGCACCUGCAGCUGAGAUUCAGGUAACAGCCUUGACCCAGCCCAAGUCCCAUAGAUUUCCAUUGAGUUAAACACAUGUUUACGUUUGCCAUUUAAAUCAACGGGACAAUGAGUAUCCAAUCAUUUGCUUGGAUUGCCCCCCCCCCAUGAAUUCCAUUUUACAGGUCUUCCUUUUUACUUAUUUAUUACCAGAUAGACAAAUAGCACUCUCAGUUCUCUGAGCGCUGGUCCUUACGUAGCCAUAAUGGCAGUACCCAAAAGAGACAUAUGAGUGAGCUUAGGGGAACCCUAAGGUUUGCGGAAGUAUAAAAAAUAUUGAAGGGGACGACGACUCUGAUUUGUUGGGUGAGGAUUCUUGAAACAGACCAAUGAGGACUGGUGGCCCUCAGUGGAUACUGAAUGCUGACUGACAAUUGAGGGGUGUGUGUGUGUGUAAAACUGUGUGGGAGGAGGAAUGGAGUACUAUUGUCAAGCGCAUGGCUGGCUGGGUGAAAUGCCCCACUUCACAGUGCAACAUUUUGUUCCAGGUUACACUUGCCCUUAUUAUUGCUGCCACCAUCAUCUUGCUUUUCUGUUUAAAAUUUACCACCCACUGUUUAUAUUUACAGACUUACUUGCUUACAUUUCCCCAAGGAACUUGAAGCUUGAAGAGAAAGACUAUUACGUACCAUUGAAAAUCAAUGACAACGGAAGGCCUCCUAUGGAAGGAGUUGUUACUCUGAAAGGUACAGUGAAAGUGGUGUCUAUGCUCUUUGCUCCCCCCCCCUUGGCUAUUUUCUCUUAAUGCCUGGGAAUUUGUGGUUUUGUCCACAGUGAGACUGUGCAAAUGUACAGAGGAAAAUAGAUGCUUCCUGGCAAUUGAUGACGGACCUUCACUUCCGACAGUUGGGAUGGCAAUUGGAAUUCUGGCUGGUGUACUGCUAAUCAUUGGUAAGUGGCUGUUUUAAAUGGGCCUAAUGGUGAGAGUGGGACGCGGGUGGUGCUGUGGGUUAAACCACAGAGCCUAGGGCUUGCCGAUCAGAAGGUUGGUGGUUCGAAUCCCCGCGACGGGGUGAGCUCCCAUUGCUCGGUCCCUGCUCCUGCCAACUUAGCAGUUCAAAAGCAUGUCAAAGUGCAAGUAGAUAAAUAGGUACCGCUCCAGGGGGAAGGUAAACGGCGUUUCUGUGCGCUGCUCUGGUUCUCCAGAAGUGGCUUAGUCAUGCUGGCCACAUGACCUGGAAGCUGUACGCCGGCUCCCUCGGCCAAUAAAGCAAGAUGAGCACUGCAACCCCAGAGUCGGCCACGACUGGACCUAAUGGUCAGGGGUCCCUUUACCCUUUACCUUUAAUGGUGAGAGUAGGGCUGUCAGUAAGAAUGGGCAAAAUUCUCCAUUUCAGUUUCUCUUUUUUCCCAAUUUUAAGUUCAGCUCUCCACAUUUCUGCAUAAGCUUAUGAUUUCUUUUUAAACGAAAGCCCUCAUGAAUAUUCAUCAGCACCUGUGUGCUUAUUUCCCCAAAUAUAUACAUUUUUGUACGGAAUGUUGCAUAAGUUUGUAAGUUCAAUUGUUUUUAUUUUGAACAAAGCAGGCUGAUGAUGCUGGACCUCAUUGCACUCGACUGGACAGCAGCAGUUGACAGAACUUAAACAACUUGACUGUUUUGGGGUUUUUUCCCCCCACUUUCCAAAACAAGACAAAACCCUUGGGGGAAUUUUGAAAAUAAAUUUAAACACUGAAGGAGCCAAGAUGACUGACUAGGGAAUUUGGCUUUCAAACAUGCAAAUAAAAGCAAUAUAUAUAGAGUACAAGUCUUUGCGAUUUUUGGAAGCCGUCAACUGUUGGAAGCAAAUUGAAUAAACAGUUAUUUGGAUUCACAGGGAAAGGCUAUUCGAAAGCAUGAAUUGGAUAAGGCAGGCUGAAUUUGCAAAACUUUUGCUGCAAGGGGGACAAACUCUAUGAGACACUCCCUCCCAUCACAUUUCGUGCAAACUUAGCUUGGAAAUGAAGACUGCAGUCCACAACUUAGUGCCAGGAAGAAAGUCACCAUGGAAUAAUUGUAGAUCCAACUAUGCACUUUUGCAUGGCUAGGAACAGUUGCAACUCUCUCACAUUGAAGGACAUCGCCAUUGACUAUCUUUCUUUAAGGAUGUAGGCAGGGGAUUGCUCUAUCACAACAUCUAUAGGGUGCAAGCUCCACCAACUUGAAUAGCUUUGAAAACGAACUAGACUGAUUCAUGCAGUAUAGAGCUAUCAAUGUAUAGACAAUGCAAUGCCUUGGCCUACAGACUUAUGAGAUCUAUAGAUAGAGUUAUAGAUCAAUAGGUUUUCUAGAUCUAUAAGUCCGGGCAUUGCAUUUAGGAUAAAUUAAGAUGACAGGUAGCAACCGAGCUUAGUUCCCAUUGAAAGGUGGCACUGCUUCCUGCCCACCACUAACAUCACCUGCAGAUCUGACCGAGAGGCCAGUGAGUAGUGGCAUGUGCAAGCUGAGUUGGCGAGGGACUUUUCUGAGCAUCUGGGGCACUUUGUCCAGUGCCAAACCUGGCUGACUGCUGAUGCUGUAAGUGUUCAUCAGAUUACAUUGUUGGGCUGUUAUUUUAAACACACACAAUAGGAAGUAAGCCCCAUUGAACACAGAGGACCUUAAGAGUAAAAAUGUUUUGGGUUGUACUGUAAACACCUGGGCCUGUUUUGCCUGCAAGGUGUUUGCAAAAGCUAAUUUUGCUUAAAGUGUGAAAUAAAUAUCUCAUUUCCCAUUUUGUUCCCUCAGGUAUCAUUUUGGGGGUCGUCUUUCUCAACCUGAAACGCAAAAAGGAGUAUGAGCUAAAGGCCCAGACAGCAAAUGCUGUGAGCCCAUCUGAAUUGCGGAACUUGACGUAAUUGUUUUACCAACAGGAACAAUUCCAUUGUGGGGUGUUCUGUUUUUUUAACUAGUUUUGUUGUUAUUAUCUGCUCCCAUUAAUAAAUUCCGUAUUUUCCACUAAUCCGAAAAUACAAUUGUUACCUUUCAUCCAGAAAUACAGACCUAUACUGAAGUUAUCAGAGCUCCCCAAGUCAUGUUGGUGCAAGAAGACUUAACUAUGAUGCAACAAGUGUGUUAAAUGUUUAGUAUACAUGUUUUUCAUUAUUUGAAUAUUAGCUGUAAAUAGGAACAGGAGCAUGGCACAUAGGGAAUGGAGAAUGUUCAUGGAUGCUCCCCCCAGGAUAAUUACAGCUUGGGGUGUGUGUGUAUUUUUCAUGUGGCUGUGGCUUGGAAAAGAGUUAAAUCCACUACCUGUGAACUACAGUCCCAAAAUUGCAUGCACAUACACAAGAGUAUGUUAAAUGGCUACCAGGCUAGUGCUUAAAUACAAGGCUGUGUGAUAGGAAGGUUUAAGUCUAAGAAAUCUCGUCUCAGUAUAGGAAGAACUACAUGCCCUAGGAGCCUACAUUUAUGCUUCUGAGUCUUUUUUUAAAAAAAUAUUGUGUAAUUUUAGCUAUUUUCUAUAUUUAGCAUAGUUACAAGCUUUUUGCCAAGGACAAUAUUAUAACAUAACAGACCCACUGAUGGAAUCAUCUGAGAAUGUGUCCCAUGACUCUGCGUCUUAAAACCUUGUAAGGUUCCUUUAUUAAGCACAAAGUCAACACAGGAUCUUUGUUCCAAUUGCCCUGCAAUUCACAUCUUUUGAGCUUUUAGGUAUGACUUCUAGAACUAAAACUAUGCACAAAUUAACCUGUUACUAAUUAGUCUUCAUCAUAAAUCUGAAGUAAAUAUAUACAGGCGCUUUCGCAUCGAACUUUGUAAGACGGCGGAACGCAUAGUUGUAGCUAAAAUGGGGGGGGUGAUGAGUGUAUUUGGUUUAGUAAAGUACAGUACAUCUCUGCUAUUCAUAGAAUGUGGAAUGUUGACCAUAAAAGUGACCUAUUAAUAAUCAUGCCACCCUUACGCAGAUGGAACAAGUUGGGCAGAGAUGUAUGCACUUUGCCCUGAAAUAAAACAAACAUAGAAACUUUGCACCAAAAUGGAAGAAUUGAGAUGGACCAGAUUUGUAAGUCACACAUGCAAAAGUGACAUGGACCAGAAACAGAUUGAUUUGUUCAUUCAUUCUUUAUGACCCAGUACAGAAUUCAGGUUUUGGGGAAAUCUCUCGCUCGCUCGCUUAUAAAAAAUAUAUUUCUAGUCCUUUUAUUGGGAGAGAAAUCUGGACCUGAGGCUAAUAUGUUGGAUGAAAUACCUGGGAAGGAGCAUUUGAGAGAAGGCAGCUCUCCAGCUGUUAAGAACAUUAAUGGCAAGAAUAAACAACUUAAGAUGGGCCUGAGGUUUUUUUUUAAAAAAGGUUCUUAAUCAAAAUAAUGGACUGUAAAUGUCCAAUUUUCCUCUGAAGCAGGGCAGAAAUACCGUAUUUUUCGCCCCAUAGGACGCACCGGCCCAUAGGACGCACCUAGUUUUUUUUGGGGGGAAAUAAAGAAAAAAAAUUUUAUUUCCCCCCCCAGGCGCUUGUGGGGCCGGCAGUGGGGAGAAGCGCUCUUCUCCCCGCCGCCAGCCUUCAGACCAGGUCGGGGGACAGAGCUUGUCCCCGGAGCUUGCGGGGCUGGUGGCAGGGAGAAGCACGCAUCUCCCCGCUGUCAGCCUCCAAACCACAUCGGGAGACAGCGGGAUGGCAGCGUUCCGCCUCCCCGCUGUCCCCCGAGCUUGUGGGGCUGGCGCUGGGGCUCUCCUGAGGCCUGAGACCCCUCUCGCUCUCCAGGCUUCAGCGAAAGCCUGCAUUCGCCCCAUAGGACGCACACACAUUUCCCCUUCAUUUUUGGAGGGGAAAAAGUGCGCCCUAUAGGGCGAAAAAUACGGUAACUGGUAUUUGUUCCCCCAGCUGAAGAACCUGACAACAGAAAUACCUGCAUUAUUUGACAGUAUCUUCUUUACAAUACAAAGUAUCAUUUCGAGUAUUUGGCAGAUACGACGUACAAAACUGUCACUUUUGGUUUCUCUAAGAUUUUGUUUUUUUCAAACUCAAUUUGCACAUUUCUGCAACAGUUUGUUGUUUCCUCAGACACACUCUACGCAAUUCCGCCCAGUACAAUACAUUUUUGUAUGCUAUCGUCACAAAUGUGCACAUUCGUGCCCACUUUCCCCUAACAUAUGCAUUUUUGUACACAUUAUUUGGCUGGAGGCUGUGUCUCAAAAUUUAGGGAAGUGUGAACUUAGACUGAUAGCUGUGCUUCGGUUCACAUCAUGUUUCAGUAAAUGCAAACUUUCUUCCCCAUCCCCAUCGGUGAACAUGUGAUGAAAAUAUAUAAUUGUUAUUGUUUUGUAAUAUGUUAUGGGACAUAUACAUACAAGGUCUUCAUCUUUCAUCUGUCUUCCUGGAACUGUAGAACCAUGGAGUGGAUUCUGCCACUUGGACUCUAAUUUCUUCACUUUGGAUAUCCUCAAAAGCUUUUCUUCUGUUUCCAUGUUGUUGUUUUCUCAUGUAAAUCAAUAAAAUGUGUUUUAUAACAAUA